GUGGUUUACGCCUUCGAACCGAUCUACAUCACCACCGUCGGAAUUAUCAAACUCUCUGUCCUCCUCAUGUACCACCGCAUCUUCCCAGUCCGUCUCAUCAGAAUCGGUGGGUACAUCCUCGGCAGCAUCACUAUCGCCUGGGUAGUAUCCGUUGAUCUCGUCGCUAUCUUUCAGUGUACGCCCAUAGCUAGGGCGUAUAAUCCCAUGCUUCCAGGCCACUGCAUUGACCUUAAAGCUGCGCUGAUCGGCAACGGGGUGCCGAAUUUUGUAACGGAUAUCUGUAUCCUAGCACUACCAGCACGGCUUAUUUGGCAGUUGCAGGCGAGCACGUUGCAGCGAAUUUCUAUUAUUCUAGUGUUCUUGAGUGGAAGUUUUGUCGUAUUUGCGAGUAUCUACCGUUUCAGCCUCAUCUUCAUCUUCAAUAUCACCGAUAUCUCCUGGACUCUCGCCGACGCACAAACCUGGUGCGUAGUCGAAACAGCUGCGGGAGUCAUCUCGGCCUGUCUGCCUACCCUGGCUCCACUUGUAAAGUCUUGCACCCGUACAUUUGUCUCGACUGUCCGCUCGUCAUCCAAGAUCAACAAUACCCAGUCUGCCACUGGAGGAAAUACUUCAGGGCGUGCUAGUGUGGCGAAAAUCACCAACGCUGGGGGUGGCCUAGAAGGGACAGGCGAAAGGGAUUAUGCGCUGGAACGGGUCGGACCUAGCAAUCUUGGGAGUCGUUCGCAUGUUAAAGGGAAAGGAUGGACAAUGAUUCGAGCGGAGUUUGAUAGUGACUGA